AAGGGCAGGCUCAUACAGAGUGCAGAAACUCAAAUUUUUAUUUCCUUUCCCACAUUUUUGUUUUGUGCAUUCUUUACAAAAUGGAAGUCUGCCAUAGUAAAAUGCAAAUUGAUAAAAGAACAGUUUAAGCAAAUAGGGAAGCCAAAGUAAACAAAGCCAAUGGAUCCAAAGAGGGACAGUGAAGAAAACAGGUCAGAGGAGGAAGGAAGGGAGGAAUAACAGGGGGCAUUUUGAGGUGGGGGACCCUCUUGCCAGCAAUGCCUCCCAGAGUCUUCCCCUGCGCUGUUCUCCUCCUUCCUUUUGGGGGCAGAUGAGGGAGGGACCAUCGGAUUCUCUGCAAGGGCCAGAGCGUGUGACCUUUUGCGGCUCUCUUCCUCCCUAAACGCCGAGGAACCAUGAAUCGCAUGGGCGACAGCAUGGGAGACCUCUCCAAGGCCACUUUGCACAACAACUCCCUGUGGUGGCUGGCCUGCGGGCUCCUGGCCCUGCUGGCAAACUCCUGGAUUAUCUUGAGCAUCACUGCCAAACAGCAGAAGCACAAGCCCCUGGAGCUGCUGCUGUGCUUCCUGGCGGGGACCCACAUCCUCAUGGCCACCAUCCCGCUCACCACCUACGCGGUAGUGCAGCUGCGCAGCGAGUCCCCAGACUACGACUGGAAUGAGAGCAUCUGCAAGGUCUUUGUCUCCACCUACUACACGUUGGCCCUGGCCACCUGCUUCACGGUGGCUUCCCUGUCCUACCACCGGAUGUGGAUGGUCCGGUGGCCCGUCAACUACCGCCUCAGCAACGCCAAGAAGCAAGCCCUGCACGCCGUCAUGGGCAUCUGGAUGGUCUCCUUCAUCCUCUCCACGCUGCCCUCCAUCGGCUGGCACAACAACGGGGAGCGGUAUUACGCCAGCGGCUGCCAGUUCAUCGUCAGCAAAAUCGGGCUGGGCUUCGGCGUCUGCUUCAGCCUGCUGCUCCUCGGGGGCAUCGUCAUGGGCCUGGUGUGCGUGGGCAUCACAUUCUACCAGACCUUGUGGGCACACCGGAGGCAUCGAUGCCAUCACCAGAGGGCGGACGAGGCGGCCUCCUCUUGCCCUGCUGCGGCUCACAACAAUUUCAAUGUGCCGGCCAUUGUGGUGGAGGACGUCAGGGGUAAACGACGAUCGUCCCUGGAUGGGUCUGAAUCGGCCAAGACCUCCAUGCAGAUGACAAACCUCAUCAGUGCCAUCGUCUUCUUGUACGACACAUUGACUGGCGUGCCCAUUUUGGUGGUGAGCUUCUUCAGCCUGCGCUAUGACACCGCUCCCACCUGGAUGGUGCUGGCCGUGCUCUGGUGUUCCAUGGUGCAGACGCUGCUCCUCCCGUCCUUCAUCUGGUCCUGCGAGCGCUACCGGGCGGAUGUCCGUACUGUGUGGGAACAAUGCGUGGCAAUAAUGUCAGAGGAAGACGGGGAUGAUGACGGUGCCGGUGAUGAUUACGGUGAUGGGAGGUUCUGCAAGGUGCGGUUUGACGCCAACGGUGCAGCGGCCAUCAAACGGGACCCCCGGGACACCAAGCUGUUACCAGUGCAUCACCUGCUAUUGCCGCACGACAGGGUACAUUACCUGCAGGUCCCUCUCUCUCGGAGGAUGUCCCACGACGAGACCAACAUCUUCUCCCACCGUUCCGCCCCUUCCUUCCUUCACAAGUGGUCCUCCUCCGACGACAUCCGAGUGGCCACCCCGCUCAAACCCAGAGGAUCCCCUGGCUUCCUUCCUCUAGAAUUCCGCAACUACCAUCACCGCCGGCGGCCUCCCGAAGAUGAGCUCACCACCCUGCAGCAAUUCCUGGAAGCCGGGCUGGCUGCCCGGGGCCCCAGCUCUAGCGCCUGUUUCUUCCGUGACGAGAUCACCACCUUCAUCGACGAAACGCCGGCGCCCUCCCCAGCGGGCAGUCCACGCCACUCGCGCCUCUCGUGCCCGAUGCAGCGUGAGAGGCAUCACUCCUUAGGGGGCGCUGGGCCCGAAGGAGGCCCCGAUAGGGAUCGACGGUGUUCACUGACUGGGGACGAAUACUUCAACUUCUGCAGCGAGGUGCAGGAGCCCAGCGAAUGGACCAUGACUGCGCAAGAGUCACAGAACUUGGGAGAGUUUAAUCUAUGAAACAGGGUUCAAAGCAUUUGUCGGGGUCGGGAUUUUUAAGCGAAAACUCGGCGCGUCUCCCCUAUCCUGGGACCCAAUGGAUAAUUUAGGUCGUCACAUUUUCCACCAUGUUGGCAACAGAUGGGAACGUUGUGCAUCGUGGUUCCUGAUGUGGUGGGGAGAAAUGAAGCCCGGAAAAGGGGUAGGAAGCUGAACUGUCAGUAGGAUCCACAAGAAGCUGUUUCGGGACAGAUGGCAAGCCCCAGCCACCACAGUUUAGUUGAGGGCACCGUUUCUCAGCUCCAUGCCCUCAAUUAGAAUUGUUAGCUCCACCUGUUUUCCCCUUCUUAGCUCUACCUGUCACGAGAAACAUUUACUGGUUGCCAAGCGUGGGACAGGAUGGUAUUAAAAAAAAAAAGGAAAAAAAAGAUCUAUA